AUGGCCAAGUUCCAAGUAGUCCUUCUGGUGGCAGCUCUCAGCCUGUUGGCUGUUUCCGAAGCCCAGCAACAGCGUCAGCGGUACUCCCAGCGUUUGAGCCGCGGUCGCUCCAGGUAUUUCGCCCGCCAAGAAGCUGCUCCUGCUCCCGCAGAUGGUGGUGAUGUGGAUGCCGUGACCCCAUAUCCCUCGGCGGAUGAACUGAAGCCAGAAGUUCCCUUCGAUGAGGCAGCUAACGCGGCUGUUGAACCCACGCCGGAUGCCGUCUAUGGACCCCCAGAUGCUGCGCCCAAUGCCGUUCCCGAUGAGGUAUAUGGACCACCGGAUGUGACCGGAAACGAUCUGCCACCCGCAGUUGAUAUUCCUGCAGAGCAGCAGGCCCGCCUGGUGGCCGCCAGGAGAGCGGCUAACUACAGGAGGAACGCCAAGCAAGUGGCCUAUCGUCGUCCUGUCUCCGGAGCAGCUCGUCCCGCCAAGCUGACUGCUGUCCGCUCCAAUGUGCGACGUUUCUAG